CCAUUUCCUCACUCCAUUACACUGAUCGAGAGUAACAGUAAAGCAAAGCAAAUCUACACGCACUAGCACACAGUCAACCUAACAUUUCUGAGACCUUCAAGAACAAGAAUACGAACAUGAAAAGACAUUGAAAUGACCCUUGAGCUACUCACCAUUCUUGGCCCACUCUUCCUGUUUUAUCUCUAUAUGAUAUUGAUACAUGUAUUUUCACUCUACCACACGGAGAGAUAUAAAAAGAGACAUUCACACACAUAAAUGAAAAAGAGGAAGUGUCGGCAUUGAAAAUGCAGGACCCACUUUUGUUCGGCUAAAAAAAUAUAUCCCAAUAGCACCUGCAUGUGCCUACUACCUCCCUCGAUCUCAGAAAAUUCUUUAGCUUACAGAAUAGGGGGUUCAAUAAAGAAUUUUCUCUGUGUGUGUAUUUUUGUGUGCCUGCGUGUUUCUGUGAGAUUAAUAGAUUAUGGAGCCAAGAACUCGUCUCGAUUAUGCUCUGUUUCAACUAACUCCGACAAGAACCAGGUGUGAUCUUGUGAUCUUUGCUGGUAAAAAGAAUGAGAAAUUAGCGUCAGGACUACUGGAUCCUUUUAUUUCCCAUCUUAAAUCAGCUAAAGAUCAAAUUUCAAAAGGGGGCUAUUCCAUUACACUAAAACCUGCCCCCACGGACGUUUCAUGGUUCACUAAAGCCACUUUAGAAAGGUUUGUGAGAUUUGUCAAUACACCAGAAGUUCUUGAGAGAUUUGUGAAAAUUGAGAGAGAGAUCGAACAGAUUGAUAGUUCAAUUCAAUCAAAUGAACAAUCAGAUGUGGCAACAGAGGCAGAGGGCAUUAACAAAAAUUCCCAACAUUUAACUGCUUCGUCUAAGUUAAAUGUUGGGUCCAAUGGAAUUGCUGAUGCUGAAUCAGAAGAAAAACCUAAGAUUCGUCUUCAGCGUGUUCUGGAAACUCGAAAGGCAAUGCUUAAGAAGGAGCAAGCAAUGGCUUAUGCUCGUGCACUAGUGGCAGGAUUUGAGAUGGACUACAUAGAUGAUCUUAUAUCUUUCAGUGAUGCAUUUGGAGCUGUGCGUUUAAGGGAAGCAUGUAUAAACUUCAUGGUACUCUGGAAUAAAAAGAAUGACGACAGGCUGUGGAUGGCUGAAGUGGCAGCAAUGCAGGCAUGUUCCCACUCUGAGUUUCCAUUCUUGGGAACAUCUGGAAUUGUUCUUGCUGGUGAAGAUAAUGACCUAAAUCAUAAUGGGCUAAUGAAGGCUUCGGCAAGUGAGUCAACCACUAGCCACGGAAGUUUAGACACUAACCAAGAUAAUGGUUUGCCAUCAAUGUCCAAUGUGCAAUCAACAGAUGGGAUAGCUCAAGUACCUCCAUGGGCAAACUACCCUCCCCAGUAUGUGCAAAAUUUUCCACGUCCACCAUUUCAACAAAUCCCUCCAUAUCAUGGAUAUGUUUUCCCGGGCAUGCAGGGUGCACCAUCAUAUUAUCCAGGGAGUGUGCCAUGGCCUUCCGGUGCCCAAGAUUUCAGUCCGGGCCUUGAUAGAGAACCAGAAGACAAUCAGAGACACAAAUCCUAUACUAAGAAAAAAGAAAAAAUUAAGAAUGGGAUGCGCCCGCACAGUACCAAAAUCAACGACAACAUGGGGAUUAGUAAUUCCAGCUCUGGAAGUGAUUCAAAUGACGAGCAGGAGCAGGAGCUAAGUCAUUCUUCAGGUGAGAAGAUGCGCAAAAAGAAGAAUGGAAAACAUUCCUCGAGAAAAGUUGUCAUCCGCAACAUAAAUUACAUCACUUCUGGCAGAAAUGGAGAAAGGAGCAGUGCUUCAGAAUGUGAUUCCUCUGAUGAAGAUAAAUUUAUUGAUCCUGAUUCCCUUAAACAGCAGGUGGAGGAAGUUGUUGGGUCAUUGGAGAAACACCAUAAGCCAAAGUCCGGCAAAGAACGAGAUGGAAGGAAGAAAGCUAGCAAUAGAUCCAAGGAUCCUACUAAUUCAGAUGUUGAACAUGCAGUCACUACUAAUUCUGAAGAAAAAAGGAAAGAUGGAAACUGGGAUUUCUUCCAAAACCUUCUCCUGAAGGAUGCAGAUGAGAGAUCCAAUGAUACGGGUUUGCAUACUCCACAAGUUCACGAAGGUUAUUUUACGGAGAUGGCCUCUGCAGAACAAAUUGCAUCCUUAAAUAUCAAAUCAAAUGGUGUGAAAAACCGAAGUGCAACUGAUGCUUUCCUUCUGACUGAAAAGAACAUGGGAAAUUAUGUCGAAGCGAACAAGGUUCAUUUUGAAGAUGGAGAAAAUGUACAUGGAGUAAUUAAGAGGGGCAGCACAAAUGAAGAUUUCUUAAUUCCACAGAGAGAUAAAGGACAGGACAACUACUCCCAAACUACACUAUCUAAUUUUGGAAAUGAUUCCUCCAUGAUUAAGAGCCAAAAAGAAGAAAAUUGGUUCAUAAGCGGCCAACAAGGAAUAUCAACAACUCAAGAAGAAAGGAUAGAUCACUCUAUUCUGUAUGGAAAUCAAAUCUCAGCCUCUGAUCUCAGUUAUUUGGAGAUGCAGAAAAAUAAGAGAGAUCUUAUUGUGGAUGACUCUUUCAUGGUUCAAGAUCGACUGAUUAAUGAUCCGUCAGAAACUCGACCAAAGACUGACAUUUUUAUGGUUUCCGACAUUGUUGGAGCUGACCAAUCCAAGCAUAGCACACCAGAUAAUUCACAAAGCAAGAUUGAAGCCGGUAAUUUCCACGAACCAGAUGACCUCUAUAUGGUGCUUGGGCGUAAUUUGGCUACUGAGCAAGUUGUAGCUUCUUGGAACCCUGAAAUGGAUUGUGAAAAUGUGAAUUUAUUAGUUGAACCUGUUAAAGGACAGGGCAACUCUGAACGAAGUGAAUCUGUUGAUGCUACAGAGCUCCCGAAUGGUAAGGGAAGCAACAAGACAGCGAACAAAGCUUCUAGAGUAAAAGUGGAUGACAAAGCAACAAAGUCAAAAGCUCCAAAUGGAUCUUUGGGAAGGAGCAAAUCCAAUAUAACACCAGGAAUCAAAAAAUCUUAUUCUGGGAGUAGAACAAUGAGUCAGAAGAGCAAAGCUGAGAAGGAAGAACAGAACAAGAAGAAAAUGGAAGAAUUACUAAUACAGCGUCAGAAGAGAAUUGCUGAAAGAAGUGACACUAAGGGUUUUACUUCAGAUACUUCAAAUAUAACUUCUAAGGCGAGCAAGACACACAAAGUUGCCACAAAAGUUGAGAAGCCUAGACUUCCAGCUCAAGCAGAAGAGAAAAAUAAGUCAACUAAGCCUGUUAUGAGGACUUCCACAAUUGAUCGCCUUGCGGCAGCUCGGACAACUAGCAAACAGCCAUCAACUGAAUCAAAGGUGGGCCAAAGUGGAAAAACAACCUCCAAGGGGCUUACUCUUAAGGAAACUUCCUCACUGAAGAAGAUAGCUGGAACUCAGAACAGAAGAGCGAGUCUGGACAAGGUCAAUAAUUCAGAUAAGAACACUGGUACAAGUAAUUUUAAGGGAAAUACUUCUGUAUCUGAUUAUCCGGGUAGGGAUCAGAUAGAUAACAAAUCAUCCGCGUCAGAGAAGAUUAAUGGUGCUGAAGGCUCUCUAUCUAAGGUUGAGGUUGAUGAAUCUAAAACUAUCGAGGUGUUGCAUACUGUAUCUUCGACCAAGAAGAAUGAGGAGCAUAGGGUUUCACAGAAAGAUCCUUCAGAUGACGAGACCUGCAUUCAGGUUUUAUCUAAUGAAGACUUGCUCUCUUCUGAAAACCAAUCUGCGAAAAUGGAGCCUUUGACAGGUAUUUCUGUGGUAUCUGAAGAAUCUGAAGUUAGAAAUGGUUUGAGUACCACUGGUUUGAACAAUGAAGAGGAUGGGGACAAGGCACAAAAAAUACCCAUUUCAACUGAAAUUUCUGCCGUGGAAAGCUCAACUCCACCUCCGAAUGAUGAAAUGACUCCAGACCUGAUUAAUUCCAGAAAGAAGUGGAAUGACAAUGAAAACUUUCCUAAAGUCACCAAAGGCUUUCGAAAACUUCUUCUAUUUGGUCGUAAAAGCUGAAACUUGUACCAAUGCAUCUAAUAUUACUGUUGUGAAGAACUUAUCCUUCUACACCAAUCAAAUACUCAAAUUUUAAUCACAAUCGGCAUCAGCAAUAAGUCUGCAUGUGAGGAAGCCAAAUAGCUCCAGUGCAUAAUAAGGCCUUGGUUUGCUGCCAGAUGGAGAAUUAUACUCUAAUUUAUUACAGUACAAUCAGAGGAAGCAUUAAACAAACAGGUGGUCCAUGUUUUAUGCGCUCGAUAGAUUUGAACCAUGAUCCGAUGCCUUAAAAACUCGUGUGCAUCUUCUUUGUUUCCCUCUUCAUUUUUUAUUGGUUUGCAUUGUAUUUGUUUGUUGUUUAAUGGUUUACUUUGUAUGUGUCAUAGAAUGGGAAAUAUAUUUUCGUUUCAAUGUAACUCUUGCCUACUAAUUCUUUGUCGGUAGAGUACAUCUUUAGUAGA